AUGGCAUCCGUUCAAGUAGUUGGUAACGUCUCCUCUUUGACCACCGACUCUAAAGAGGUUAUAACCACUACUGACUUAAACGGUAACCGGUUUGAAGUCCCUAACUACAGUAUGGGAGACAUUUUGUCUGCUAUUCCAAAGCACUGUUACGACCGUAACUUGCUCUACUCCUUGCAUUUUGUGGCCAGAGACAUUGCCGCCAUGGUCGCGUUGGGGUACUUGGCCUAUAACUUUAUCCCAAUGGUGCCUAACUACUACGCCAGAGGUGUUCUUUGGUCUCUCUAUUCCUACGCCACCGGUUUGUUCAGUUUUGGUUUGUGGAUCUUGGCCCAUGAGUGUGGCCACUCCGCCUUCUCUGACUACCCAGUUGUCAACAACUUUGUCGGUUGGGUGUUGCACUCUUACUGCGGUGUCCCGUACUUUUCUUGGAAGUAUUCUCAUGCCAAGCACCACAAGGCUACUGGCCAUUUGACUAGAGACAUGGUGUUUGUUCCAUACACCGCCGAGGAGUUCAAGGAAUCGAAGGGCAUCUCCAAGUGGGCUGAAGCUGUUGAGGAUACUCCAAUCUACACCAUGGGUAUGUUGCUUUUCCAGCAGAUCGGUGGUAUGCAGCUUUACUUGUCCACCAACGCCAGUGGUCAACCGAUCAACUUGCCAUGGUGGAAAAAGUCUCACUUCCACCCGACCUCCCCGAUCUUUGAAGCCAAGGACUACUGGUAUGUCAUUCUCUCUGAUAUUGGUCUCUUGCUCGUUGUUGCCAUGGCUUACUGGUGGUACAAGACCUACGGUCUCUUCUGCAUGGUGACCUCCUACUUCAUCCCAUACUUGUACGUGAACCACUGGUUGGUCUUUAUCACCUUCUUGCAGCACACCGACGCCUCCAUGCCUCACUACACUGCUGAGCAAUGGACUUUUGCCCGUGGUGCUGCUGCUACCAUUGACAGAAACUUUGGUUUCGUCGGUCAGCACAUCUUCCACGACAUUGCCGAAACCCACGUGUUGCACCACUAUGUUUCUCGUAUUCCAUUCUACCGUGCCAGAGAAGCCACUGCCGCGAUCCAGAAAGUCAUGGGCCAGCACUACAGGUACGAGGGUGAAAACAUGUGGAAGAGUUUGUGGAAAUGUGCCCGUACCUGUCAGUUCGUUGAAGACACCCCAGACAACAAGGGUGUUUUAAUGUUUAGAAACGUCAACGGUGUUGGGGUGAAGCCAAGAGAUUAGGCGUGUUGCUACGCAGCAUCGCACCCACAUUGAUGUUGUUCCUCGCAACGCCUUUUUAUUUAUCAUUCUUUUCUCUUUUAGGUAUUGUUCAUCUAGAUUUAUGAAAGAAACCUUAUAGUUGUAUAUAGAAACACGCGUCACAUCUGUCGCCUCAACGUCGUAGAGGCCCCUUCCCAAUGUC